GCUGCUGAAGCGCUGCAAGUACAAAGAGGCUGCUGGUGGUGCGGACGAGGCGUGCUGCGUGCCACGGGGACUGAAGUAUAAACUUGUACAGUUUUAUCUGACUUUAUUACAUUAGUCGGACAAUUUUCCCUUCAAGAACUUCACUCUAAGGAUAAUCAGUCGAGUUAACAGAGAGGAGGAGUUGCAUUCAAGUCCAAAAAGAGCCUGGGAGACACUUGGCGUCGGUUUGCAGGUUGCAUGGUAAUCUGGACUUGAUGCAUGGCAGUUGCAUGACCGCAGUAGGUCUUGUUGUGGGACUGAGAGCGCACAGCUGCAGCCAUGGCUCAAACCAUACACGUGAAUGGCAGUGGCCCAGAAAGAGGACAAAGAUGCCCAAGCACAGAGGACGAGAAGGACUCCGUGGCCCCCUACUAUGUUGAAACUCCUUAUGGUUAUCAGUUAGACCUGGACUUCCUCAAAUAUGUCGACGACAUCGAGAGGGGCAACACCAUCAAGAAGCUGAGUAUCCAGAGGAAGCCCAAAGUGGCCAAACCCUUGGCAGUGCCCCGGGGCAGCACUGGCGGGGGCAGCACUCAGGCUGAAUGGACCUCCACCGACUCCUUGUCCUCCUCCAACAGCGACGACAAACAGUCCCCAGUCUUCUUCACCUCCAGGCCCCCGGUGGCUGCGCCGCUGACCCCCACCCUCUCCCGUGCGACCGGUGAAGCCCCCCUGCAGCAGUCCUACUCGAUCGUCGCGGAGCAGAAACAGCUCCUGCCCCCGCCCUCGCCCAGGUUUACCCCUCGCCACAACCCCCAAGUGGAGAAGACCCUCAUGGAGACGCGUCGCCGGCUCGAACAGGAGCGUCUGCUCAUGCAGCCGCUCAGCGAGCCUCCGAUGCCGCGCCGCCGCCUCGCCAGCUUCGGUGGCAUGGGCUCCAGCAGCUCGCUGUCCUCUUACUCUGGCUCCGUUGCCCCGAGUCAGAUCUCCCCCAGCGCCCACCAGCCUCUCCCCAUCAACGGUCACCUCCCCAAUGGAGAGUAUAACCCCUACUACCCACCAUCCAUGGGCAGCUCCAUCCGCCACAGCCCGAUGAGCUCCGGCAUGGCCACGCCUGUGACAAACGUCAGCCCGCUACACCUUCAGCAAAUCCGGGAGCAGAUGGUAGUGGCCCUCAAGAGGCUGAAAGAGUUAGAGGAGCAGGUGAAAACCAUUCCUAUCUUACAGGUUAAGAUUGCCGUUCUUCAGGAAGAGAAAAGACAAUUGGCCGCUCAAUCCAAAAAUCAAGGUCCUGGAGGUUUUCGUAAGCGUUCCUACAGUGUAGGCAGUGUUGACCAAAUGGAGAACCCAGGCCCCAUUCAAAAGGAACCGGAGCUGCACAUCAUGGAGCCUGAAGCCCAGGAGCAGAGCGCACAGCGGCUGGAGGAGUUCAGACGUCUGGCUGCGGAGGUCCAAGCUCUGGAGAAGACGACCCAGGACAGUAAUAUAAAUGAAACUCAGCCUCACAGCUUCACACAAAACCAAGCCCACCAAAAGUCCAUUGGCAUAGUUACAGAUGAGAACAUGAACAACCUGUCUAUCAGUCAGAGGAAGCUAACUAACGAACGCUGUCUCCGAGAUGCAGGAGUGGUGACGGAGCGGCAGGAAAUGCGCAGCGCUGCGGUUGGCGUGACCGAGGCCAUGCUGGGCAUGACCAGUGAAGCUGAGAAGGAGAUCGAUCUCCAGCAGCAGACCAUCGAAGCCCUGAAGGAGAAGAUCUACCGCCUGGAGGUUCAGCUGAAAGAAACCACCCACCAGAUGGAGAUGGGAAAGCUGAAACUGGAGCUCCAGGCGGCUGGUGGGUCAAACAAGAAGAAAGCGGACAAAGGUUCGAUGGCCAGGCCGGAGAUGUACAACGCCUGCGUCGAGGCGAAAGUCCAGAUGCGCAGCCACGGCGUGGGCGACCACCUGGAGUUCAGCCAUCUUAGCACAGCUAAAACUACACAAAGCCACAGCGUAGGAGUGUCCUGUCAACCCAGUGUCACCAGCAUCGCCACAGGCCCAGAGAUCCCUAUGGACCGGUGGGUGGUGCACGAGCGUGUGGAGGUGACAGACCAGUGUGUAGGGAGGCGGGUGGAGAUGUGCCACCAGCAGGUCGGCGUAGAGCUGAAUGUUUGUGAGGUGGGAGUGAACACGGAGGAGUCGGUGGACAGCUUGGCCCUCUGCAAACCCACGACAGAACCGAGCAAAGAGUGGAGGUCGGUCGGCUGUGGAGAUUGUUCAGUGGAUGUGAUCGUCAGUCCCAUCAAGACGCUGGUGUCGCAAGGAACUGACCCAGAUUUGGUGAGCAAAGUGGACUCUGGUGUCACGGCUGCUCCCGAGUUGGUAAGUCAGCAAACAAAUACUGAGACGGAAGUUGCGAGCAAAUCCACCAACACAAAAACAGUUGUCCUAACAGACUCUUUCACUGACAUGGCGCUGGUCACUUGUGAUAAACACACCAACACAACUGUGACUGAAACGAGGACGGUCGCUGCCGGAGAGGGACUCGUCAAAGACGUUCACUCGACGGCAAAGAUGCGUUCGAUUGCUGUGGGAACCACCACAGACGUGGAGUCGUUCCUCGGCAAAUCGAGCUCAACUAAAACCAAAGAAUGCGGGGUGGGACCAGUUAGCAUCCACGAGAACUUCCUGGUCGGCUUAAAAACCAGGAACAUAGCGUGCGGCCCCUCCCAGCUACCUGAAUCUGUCACAACCAGCAGCAAGGAGACCGUGGCGGAGGUUAAAACGGAGCCUGCGCCGCUGCAAGCUCAGGCCCAAGGCGGCGUCGGACUGGACCAUUACAUCGAGAGGGUGCAGAAGCUGCUGCAGGAGCAACAGAUGCUGCUGGCGGAGAACUACAGCGAGCUGGCAGAGGCUUUCGGUCAACCCCAGUCCCAGUUCGGAUCCAUCAACAGUCAGCUGGUCAGCACCCUGUCGUCCAUCAACUCCGUCAUGAAGUAUGGAAGCGUUGAGGACAUCCUCAAGCUGCAGUCGGACUGUGCAGGCUCAGAUAAAGAGAUCAGUCAGCAGUGUCUCUCUGUCCGGACGGAGCAGAUGGAGAAGACUUCACCAGCAGAAAAACCUGCACAGCAGCAACAGCAGAUCAGUGCAGCCGAGCAGAAGAGCCGGAUGGACCUGCAGAUGUCUACAGCGCUGCACGGGCAGCCAUGCAGUCAGAGCACCCUGAAAUCCAUCAUGAAGAAGAAAGACGGCCGACCCGACUCCAACGGCACCAAGAAGAACCUGCAGUUUGUCGGGGUGAACGGAGGGUACGAGACUACGUCGAGCGACGACUCCAGCUCGGAGGACAGCAGCUCCUCCGGGUCGGACGAGGAGGAGGAGGAGGAAGAUGAGGAGAAGGAGCGCGGAGGAAAGGAAGGAUAUAAGAACGUGGAGGGAGAGAGCACCAGGGAGGAGUUCCAGCCUGAGGGAGCCGAGGAUGUGGACAAGAAGGAGGAAGAGGAAAGUUCAGAGAAGCAGGAGACGAGAGAGAGGUAUGAGCUAAGUGAGAAGAUGCUGGCUGCCUGCAACGUUCUCAAAACUCACCUCAGUGACACAAAGGCUGUGAGCAGCAAAGAUCUGAGAGCCUGUCUGAACACGGUGCAGCACGAGUGGUUCCGUGUGUCCAGCCAGAAGGCGGCGGUGGCGGCUAUGGUGGAGGACUAUCUGACGGCCUUCGGCGCCGUCUCGCCGGCCGUCCUGCGCCACAUCGUCAACAUGGCCGACGGCAACGGCAACACGGCGCUGCACUACAGCGUGUCGCACUCCAACUUCCAGGUGGUGAAGAAGCUGCUGGAUGCAGAUGUGUGCAACGUGAACCAGCAGAACAAGGCCGGAUACACGCCCAUCAUGCUCGCAGCGCUGGCGGCCGUGGAGACGCCAAAGGACAUGAGGAUCGUGGAGGAACUCUUCAGCAAGGGCGACGUCAACGCCCGAGCCAGCCAGGCCGGUCAGACGGGGCUGAUGCUGGCGGUCAGUCACGGCAGGAUGGACAUGGUGCGGGCGCUGCUGGCUCACAGCGCCGACGUCAACAUCCAGGACGACGAGGGCUCCACGGCGCUGAUGUGCGCCAGCGAACACGGACACGUGGAGAUCGUCAAACUGCUGCUGGCUCAACCGGGGUGCGACGCCACGCUCAGCGACAGCGAUGAGAGUAACGCUCUGUCCAUCGCUCUGGAAGCAGGACACAAGGACAUCGCAGUGCUGCUCUAUGCACACGUCAACUUCUCCAAAGCCCAGUCGCCGGGAACCCCUCGACUCGGCAGGAAGAUGUCGCCCAGUCCCACCCGGAGAAGCAUGUUUGAUUAGACGCCCCCCCACCCACAGAAACCCUGCGCUGCUAUUGGUCCACGCUGAACGAUGCCUUACCCACAGCUGGAUGAGGAACUAAUUAACCCCAAGUACUAACAAACAAACCAAUCAACCAAUGAGAUUUCUGGAAGUGUUUUUUUUUCCUUCUUUUUUUAAUUUAUGUGCACACUUCUUCCUCGCCUCCACGUCGAGCCCAAAGUGCCCUUUGAAUAUGAAUGUAACCAGCUGGUGCCUCGAGUCCUGACACAUUCAAACAAUCAGCAAACCACUGGAGUUCACACCAACAUGGACACAUUCAGCUUUUCUUUUUAGUUUUUCUCCUUUUUUUGGCAAUUUGACCUUUUUUUUUUUAUUCCUAAGCUCAAUGUUGAUCAUUCAAGAGCAACAAAAACCCCUUCAUUUGUGAUUUUUUUUUAGCACAUCAGAGUAAACAGAUGGAGAAUAAUCCACCCACACGUUAGAGGAAAGUGUUUCCUGUAUAUAUUACUCGCCUCGACAUCAGCUCGGAUGAACGCAUCGAUGAGUAGACGUGACCUAGACUGGAGAAACUGUACUUUUAUACAAAUCCUUUGUAUCUAUUUAAAGAAAAAAAAAAAGAAGAAUCACAGUAUUUUGAAUAUUUCCUAUUACUACUUAACGAUCCAUGAAGUUAUAUAUUUAUCAAAAGUAUAGUUUUUAAUGCAGAUAUAUGUAUUUCAUUGUACAUACGGUGGUUACAGUAGUUUAGUUGUCUUCUCUCUCUGUCUCUCAUGUGUAAUAUAAACCGUCUGUCCUGCUCUAGUGUUUCAUCCAGGUACUGACUUUCAUCUUCGAAUGAGAAUUGAAGUGCCUGAGACUUUGCCAUAUAACAAAUAAACAUCGAUUAAAGAAUUUAAA